AUGCACUCCUUUCCAGUUUUGCCUGACCAAUUUGUAGAUGCUGCAUAUUCUCCUCUGUUGUUGCCUAACCAUGGUGCAGGAACUGAACGGGGUGCUCGCCUUGAGCUUCUUCAUGACGACAUGGUUGCUAUGGCACCAACUGCAGUUGUGACGCCGGAUGGGUCGCUCGACGUGGCGCUUGAUGACGACCGCGACGCCGAUCGCAUGUGCAUGCCCCAUGCACGUGGAUCAGGUGGUGCGGCCACCUCACCUAGCUCGGCUGCUAGCCCUGCCACUCCAGUUCGGCAACCCGAGCUGGCUGCCACUACAGUUCGGCCGCCCGAGCCGGCAACCUCCACGGCCUCUGCCCCACGUGGGACGUCCUCGCCUGGUCUGCCUUCACCGGCCACUCCGGGCCCAACAUUGUCGUGCCCGUCUUCGCCGGUCUCUCCAGAGCAUGUAAAGCCUAUGGGAUCUCCUUCGGCAGAGUUUGUGGACUCGCCUGCUGCUGUGGCUUCUCCAACACCUUCGCCACCUGUCGUAUUGCGCCCUCAUACGCGCAGCAAGAGUGGCAUUGUCAAGCCUCUCCAGCGCACGGAUGGUACGGUCGCAUGGCUUGCGGCCUGUGUUGCUCGUGCUGAGGCCGAUCCUAUGGUGGAACCGCGGCAUUUCCAGGCAGCGCUUGGCAUUCCACACUGGCGCGCUGCUAUGGAACAGGAGAUCCAUGCCCUUCGGAAGAAUAGUACUUGGCGUCUGGUUCCUCCUACUUCCACUGUCAAUGUUAUUGAUUUCAAAUGGGUGUUCAAGGUGAAGAAACAUGCUGACGGGUCCAUUGAGAGGUACAAGGCACGACUGGUGGCCAAAGGUUUGGAGGUUCUUCAUUCUGACAGUGGCUUGACUCUCACUCAGCAGAAGUACUCUCAGGAUCUGUUGCGACGUGCAGACAAAUUAUCAGCUUUUGAUGGGGACUUGCUCUCUUCUGAGGAUGCCACUGAGUACCGCAGCAUCGUUGGUGGACUGCAAUACUUGCUCGUCACUCGGCCAGAUAUUUCAUUUGCAGUUAACCGUCCCGCGGCUUCUGGUUUGAUCUCAGCCUUCUCUGAUGCUAAUUGGGCUGGUAGUCCCGAUGAUAGGCGAUCCACGGGAGGACAUGCUGUGUUUUUUGGUCCUAACUUGAUCGCCUGGCAAGCUCGAAAGCAAGCUACCGUGUCUCGGAGUAGCACUGAAGCUGAGUACAAAGCAGUUGCUAAUGCCACAGCUGAGAUCAUAUGGGUUCAGUCAUUGCUUCGAGAGUUGAAGGUCUCUCAAGCCCAGCCGCCUGUUCUUUGGUGUGAUAACAUCGGUGCUACAUAUCUUUCAUCCAAUCCGUCCCCCACCUCCCCCUUCUUCCCGGUCCACCCCGGCAAGUGCAGUCUCUUCGUGCUCGACUCGCGCCAUGGCCUCGUCCUCUCAAAUACCAUCGGCCCGAGCGGCGAACCCCUCUGCCUCAUCGUGUGGGACCUCGUCGGCCACCGCCAGUGGCGGUUGCCCUUGCCGGAUUUCGUGGACUGGCCAACCUUUCCAGACUGCGCCGCCGCGGUGCUCUGCGCCGCCGAUGGCUGCGACCACCUCAAUUGCCCUGGCUACCCCUUCCGUGUGGUCUAUGUGGGCACCGAUGACGAUGGCGUCGCGCAAGCUUGCGUCUACUCUUCAGAGUCCUGUGCCUGGAGCCCCGUGACGUCUUGUGAGCACCCUGAAUUGCCCCUGCACGUCAGGCUCUCUUGGCCCAAUGCCCUUGUGGGAGAUGCAGUCUAUUUCUUGUGCACUCAGGAAACGGUAGUCCUGCGAUAUGACUUGUUCAGCCAGGAGCUAUCGAUGAUUCACUGGCCAGCCAUGCACAAGUGGAAGUGCAGCUAUAUCCUUAUGCGAAUGGAGAACGAUAUGCUGGGCUGUGCCAAUCUGCAGGAGUCCAGGCUCGAACUAUGCUCGAUGGAGGCUGACGCAGACGGAGCUGUGAAAUGGGCAACACGCAGAGUCGUCGAACUCCAGAACUUGCUACCCUCGACCCCCAGAUAUGUGAUUAGCUGCACCGAUGGAUUUCGUGUCUUUUUUGUGCGGACAGAUCUUGGCACUUUCACAGUUGAGCUUAAUUCUGGCCGAGUUAAGAAGGUAUCCAGUAGCAGUGAAGUCAUUCCCUACACGAGGUUCUACACUCCAGACCUAGCUGGGGGCAUAACACCUCCAUCAACCAUGGCGUCCUCCUCAGAGAAUGUUGAGACGACCCAAGACGAGCACCAUGUGGGUGAUGAGAGGGAGAAAUGUGUAGAGAAGGGCGAGGACGAUUUUGACUUGGAGGAGAACGGAUGGGAGGAGGAGGCCGAGGAAGAGGAGUGGGGAUGGGAUAGGGAGAAAGCUGCAAAUGAGCUGUUUGCCAAGGGGUCCAAGGCGAUCGAGGAGGAACAAUUCGUUCACGCGAUUCACUGUUUCGACGAUGUCCUUGAGAGUAGGGUGCUAUUUUAUGGGAGACUUUCUCCAAUGUGUAUUAGCACGUAUUACAAAUAUGGACGUGCUUUGCUGUACAAAGUUCGAGAAGACUUAGUGAAGGGUACAACCAGCAGAGAUGAUACUGGAAGCUCAAAGGCAUCUUGUAGCAAUGUGAAGAAAGGUGAUACUAGAAAAGAUUUGGAUCUGGCCUGGAAAAUGUUACAUAUUGUGAGGGCAAUAAGUGAAAAUUGUCCUUGGAUGCCUAUGGCUAAAGUUGAUACAUAUUGUGCUCUUGCUAAAGUUUCCAUGGAAAGAGAAGACAUAGACUACUCACUCCGUGCUCGGUUCAAAGCUUUAGCCAUCUUGGAGCAUUUGGUUGAGCCUGACCAUUGUCGGAUUGUCGUACUAAACUUCCACAUAUUCCUGGCUUUCACGUCGGCAUCGAAGAUUGGAGACGCGCUCCCAUAUGCUGUAAAGGUUCUGUCAUUGUACAAGUCACGUGUGCGGAAGCUGAGAAAGGCUCUUGAAGAUUUGUUGGCUGUUAAAGGUGAGAAUGCACCUGCUGCUGAAGUUGGCUCAGAAGAGUUGUCGCUGAACAAUGAGAUAGAUGUGCUUAAUAAUAUAUUCACUGCACUAGAGAACAAGCUUAAAGACCUGGCGCAAGCAUUACUUACCCCAACCUCGGAGGCAAGUGGUACGCAUAACGUUGUCUAUGCUGCACCAAAAGAUGCAUCUUCGACCUUACAAAUUGCUGGACCAAGUAAUUCUAUGUCUACAGCAGCAACAAUCGAGACACAGAGUAGUACUGGAAUCGACCUAGAGACUGCAGGCCAAGGCAUGAAACAAGCAGUGGCAAGCUGAUCUCCUGCUGAACCUUCUUGUCCCGAGAAGCUUUUGGAGGA